CUCUGCCUUGUGGGCUGAGGCCAGAGAGUCCCACGGAAAGGAAGAGAAGGAGGGCGGAUGUCAUCAUGCUGCAGCGGCUCCUGAUCACCCUGCCCACCCAGGCCCCCACCUGGGUAAAGUUGCACCAUCCAAGGAAGGCCAAGGAGGGGGCGCCCCUGUGGGAGGACGUGACUAAGAUGUUUGAAAGAGAAGUUCUGCUAUCUCAGAAUGCUAAUGAGACUCAGGGAGAAAGUUUCCAGAAUGAAGUGACCCCGGGGCCCUCUACAACAGAAUCCCAGGAACUGUUAACUUUCAAGGACAUAUCUGUGGACUUCACCCAGGAGGAGUGGGGGCAUCUGGCCCCUGCUCACCGGAAUCUGUACCGGGAGGUGAUGCUGGAGAACUAUGGGAACCUGAUCUCAGUGGGAUACGAGCUUUCUAAACCUGGUGUCAUUUCCCAGUUGGAGAAGGGAGAAGAACCCUGGCUGACUGAGAGAGAGAUUUCAGGAGGUCCAAGUUCAGACUUGGAGAGUAAAACAGAAUCCAAAGAAUUAACCUUAAAGAAUGAUAUUUCGUGGGAAGAAUUACACCAUGGCCUGAUGCUGGAAAGGUCCACAAGAGGAAGCACCUUGUAUUCCACAUUUGGAAGAAUCACCAGACGUGUUAAGUUAGAAAGUCACCAGGAAAACCAAGGAAUGGGUGAGGGGCAAAUCCCCUUGAUCCACAAGAAAAUGCUUACUCAGGAGAGAGGCCAAGAAUCUAACAGAUUUGAGAAAAGUAUUAAUGUGAGUUCAAAAGUUAUUCCAGGACCAGUAAGUCCUCCAAGAAAAAGAGACCAUAAAUAUGACAAAGCUAAAAAGAGAAGUAGAUACCAUUUAGAUUUGAUUAAUCAUUCAAGGAGUUAUACGAGAUUGAAAACCUUUGAGUGUAAUAUUUGUGAAAAAAUCUUCAAACAGCUUAUUCACCUUACAGAACACAUGAGAAUUCAUACUGGUGAGAAACCUUUCAGAUGUAAAGAAUGUGGAAAAGCCUUUAGCCAAAGUUCAUCCCUUAUUCCACAUCAGAGAAUCCACACUGGUGAGAAACCCUAUGAAUGUAAGGAAUGUGGGAAAACCUUCAGACACCCAUCAUCUCUUACUCAACAUGUGAGAAUUCAUACUGGGGAGAAGCCCUAUGAAUGUGGUGUAUGUGAAAAAACAUUCAGCCAGAGCAUUGGGCUGAUCCAGCAUCUGAGAACUCAUGUUAAAGAAAAACCUUUUACAUGCAAAGACUGUGGAAAAACAUUUUUCCAGAUUAGACACCUUAGGCAACAUGAGAUUAUUCAUACUGGUGUGAAACCCUAUGUUUGUAAUGUAUGCAGUAAAACCUUCAGCCACAGCACAUAUCUAACUCAACACCAGAGAACUCAUACUGGAGAAAGACCAUAUACAUGUAAGGAAUGUGGGAAAGCUUUUAGCCAGAGAAUACAUCUUUCUAUUCAUCAGAGAGUACACACUGGAGUGAAACCUUAUGAAUGCAAUCAUUGUGGGAAAGCCUUUAGGCAUGAUUCAUCCUUUGCUAAACAUCAGAGAAUUCAUACUGGAGAAAAACCUUAUGAUUGUAAUGAAUGUGGAAAAGCCUUCAGCUGUAGUUCAUCACUUAUUAGACAUUGCAAAACACAUUUAAGAAAUACCUUUAGCAAUGAUAUGUGGCUGGGCACGAACAAAUCCGUUACCACUCAGUCCUCCUCUAAAGAGACACCCUCUGGAGCUGAAAGCCUCGAGAGCGAGUGCACUUACGCCCGGGUCUCUGGUCCUACCUGCGUCCAAGGCCGAUCUGCACCAGAAGUGGACAAGCCCAGCCAACAGGUUGUGGUCAUGCUGCAGCAGCUCCUGAUCACCCUGCCCACCCAGGCCAGCACCUGGGUGAAGUUGCACCAUCCUAAGAAGGCCCAGGAGGGGGCGCUUCUGUGGGAGGAUGUGACUAAGCUCUUUGAAGGAGAAGCUCUGCUAUCUCAGGAUGCUGAUGAGACCCAGGGAGAAAGUUUAAAGGAUGAAGUGACCUCUAGGGCCUCGACUGCAGAAUCCCAGGAACAAUUGACCUUCAAGGACAUAUCUGUGAACUUCACUCAGGAGGAGUGGGGGCAACUGACUCCGGCUCACCAGAAUUUGUACCGGGAGGUGAUGUUGGAAAACUACGGGAACCUGGUCUCAGUGGCAGGAUAUCAAAUUUCCAAACCUAGGGUAAUUUCCCAGUUGGAGAAAGGAGAAGACCCAUGGAUGACAGAGAAAGAAGGCCCAGGACAUCCCAGUUCAGACUUGAAGAGUAAAACAGAAACCAGUAUGUCAACUGCAAAGAAUGCUAUUUUGCAGAAACAGUUAUAUCAUGGCAUUAUGAUGGAAAGGUUUGUGAGGGAUGAUGUCAUUUGUUCCACAUUGGAAAAAGUCUCCAAAUAUGAUGAUGAGUUAGAAAGGCAUCGGGAUGCCCAUGGAAGAGUUGUAAGACAAACCAUCUUGACUCACAAGAAGAGAGGCCAAGAAACUAACAAAUUUGGGGGAAAUAUUGUGAGUUCAAAUGUUAUUUUAGAACAGAGGCACCGUAAAUAUGACACACUUAGAAAGAGGAAAAAAUACAAAUUAGAUUUGAUUAAUCAUCCAACAAGUUACAUAAGAACAAAAACCUAUGAAUGUAAUAUAUGUGAAAAAAUCUUCAAACAGCCCAUUCAUCUCACUGAACACAUGAGAAUUCAUACUGGUGAGAAACCUUUCAGAUGUAAGGAAUGUGGAAGGGCCUUUAGUCAAAGUGCAUCCCUUAAUACCCACCAGAGAAUCCAUACUGGUGAGAAACCUUUUGAAUGUGAAGAAUGUGGCAAAGCCUUCAGACAUCGCUCGUCUCUUAAUCAGCAUCACAGAACUCACACUGGGGAGAAACCCUAUGUAUGUGAUAAAUGUCAAAAAGCUUUCAGCCAGAACAUUAGUUUGAUUCAACAUUUGAGAACUCAUUCUGGAGAGAAACCCUUUACCUGCAAUGAAUGUGGGAAAACCUUUCGACAGAUUAGACACCUUAGUGAACAUGUAAGAAUUCACACUGGGGAGAAGCCCUAUGCAUGCACUGCAUGUUGUAAAACCUUUAGUCAUAGAGCAUAUCUAACGCAUCAUCAGAGAAUUCAUACUGGGGAGAGACCCUACAAAUGUAAGGAAUGUGGUAAGGCCUUUAGGCAGAGGAUACACCUUAGCAACCAUAAAACUGUUCAUACAGGAGUGAAAGCAUAUGAAUGCAACCGCUGUGGAAAAGCCUAUAGGCAUGAUUCAUCCUUUAAGAAACAUCAGAGACAUCACACUGGAGAAAAACCUUAUGAAUGUAAUGAAUGUGGAAAAGCCUUCAGCUAUAAUUCAUCACUUACUCGACAUCAUGAAAUACAUAGGAGGAAUGCCUUCCGAAAUAACAUGUAACAGCUGAUUAUCCAACAUGAGAACAAAAGCCAUGUCUAAAUCAGUGAUUCAAUACUUUGUUUCAGCACUCUUGAUUUAUUGAUAUAAUGAUGCCAACUUUUAAAUUAUGCCCAUUGUGUAAAUAAACACUACAUUGGUAAUGACUAUCUACUAACACCUCCAUACAAAGUACUUAAGAAUAAAGGAUGGUCCUUCAGAUUAAAUUCAGCCAUAUGGAAAAUUCA